AGUGUGGAUACAAAGGGCAAGAUUGAAUCAGCACAAAUAAAGCUAGAAUGAAGAUAGAUCAGCUUGAAUCAAGCUAAGAAAGAUAAAGCUAAAAUUAAUGUAGAUUGAUUGAAGAAGGUAUGCAAUCCAUAUGUGAACGGAAGUCACUCCUAAACUUGUGUAAUCGGUCGUCGAAAACACACAAAGAUUUGCUCUUUCAUCAAGCUGUUUCUGAAUAUUCUUGGGCCAUUUCUUGGGUCUUCUUGCGGGCCUUGAACCUGUCAUCACAAAGGUCUUUCGUCGAUCUAUUCCCUUGAUCCAAAAUAUCCUCAUUUCUUUCUUUGCUGCAAUCCCUCCGUUUUCCCUUAAUCUCAUCGACUUCGGCGCCGCCGUUUUACUCACGUUCUCCAUCGCCGCUGUCACCACCGCCGUCGUUUCCACCACGACCUUCCUCGGCCUCAAAUUCCACGGUCUCUGCACCGUCUCCUCCUCUUCUUCUUCUUCUUCUUCUUCUUCAGAUUCAUCUUUUCGCGUCUUUAAGCUCUUCUUGUUGUUGUUGCUCUUCUUCUUGGUGGCUUUCUUUGAUGGGUUUUGGUGGGGGAGGGAAGGAUAAGCGGUGAAUGCGGGUGGAGCGUGACCCGACACGCGUCCGACGGAGACGGUCGUGGUCCGAGUCGGAUUCAGGAGAACGUCAGUGGUCAGCGGUGGCGGUUGAAGAACCACCACCUCAGUGGGUUCCCCAUUUCAGAAACGGAAAGUUGAAGUUGUGUAAAGGCUGAGACUUUACUGGUGCAGUUGCCAUCAAAAAAAUAUAGCGAAAACCAACAAAAACAACAACUACACAUAAACGACCACGCUUCUUUAUCAACAAAACAAAGAUCCCAUAGCCCAAAUUCGCUCCUUUCUUUCCAAUUCCACCACAAAGUUUGGCAAGCCACCGUGUCUCUCAGUUUUUUAUUUGUCUAAUUCAAAAUGGCAACAUCAACGACAGCACCACCAACAACAAAAGUUUGUCAGCUGACUUGUUUCUCUUCAAUCAAUCGGAAAUUACAGCUCUACUCACGAUCCAUUUUUUGUCCAAUCACUCGUCCCAAGUCAUUUGUUGUUAUGAGUGUUGAUGGGCAUGGUGCAGAAGCUACUAGUUCUGAACUUAAAACUAAACAAAGAUUUGCGGUGGAGGGAUCAAAACCAUUUAUAGAAGAGUCAACUAAGUCAUAUCUGAAUGUUGAAGGGCAUGUUCCUGAAAGUACAAGUGAACCAAUAGAGGAACACAAUAUCAUCCAACCGAAAAGGGCAGCAAAAAUCCAUGAUUUCUGUUUCGGUAUUCCUUAUGGUGGUCUUGUUCUAAGUGGGGGGCUUGUUGGUUUUGUAUUUUCGAGAAACCCUACUACCAUACUCUUUGGAGGUGCUUUGCUAGCCCUUAGCACCUUCAGCUUGAAGAUCUGGAGGCAAGGAAAAUCAAGUUUACCGUUCAUAUUUGGACAAGCAGCACUAGCAGCAGUACUUUUCUGGAAGAACUUUCAGACUUAUUCAUUGACAAAGAAGCUUUUUCCAAAUGCAUUUUAUGCUGCUAUAAGUGCGGCAAUGUUGUGCUUCUAUUCAUAUGUGGUGAUCUCUGGAGGGAACCCACCCCCAAAGAAGUUGAAAUCGUCUGCCAGUCACCAAUCUUGAUGAGACUGCUUAAAGGUUCUUAGUUAUAUAAAUUUCAGGGUCCCCUUUUGUAAUUUUGUAUUUUGACUUGAACUGAGUUUACUGGUGAAUGAGUCCUAGUUGCAUUGUUUAUGAGUGCAAAUUGUGGGUCAACUACAAGUUCAGAAAGGAUAUUGUUUUCUUUGGUUUGUGGGAAGCAGCAUUCCAUAUAGCAAAUAAUGUUGUGGCAAACUAAAUGAGUGGUUUAGUGGAUCAAUAUGUGGCAUAAUUACAUCUUUCAUUGGCAUAGUGGCAUUUGAAUUGUGUAAUAGAACUCCUGAACCAGAUUGUAAGAAAAAGGAGCAACACAGAUAUUGCGGAACCAAAAUUUGAUAUGUAUAAUUUUUGUUCUUUUUUUG